GCGCUGGGCGCGCAUUUUGUAUUUCCAUUAUUCCCCCCACUUUUGUUAUCAAAUAUGGCUGACCAACUUGAAAGUAAUUAAUCUCCACAAUUUUUCGAAAUUACACCAAUUACGAAUAGGGGAACAAAAUUCCUGUACAAUUUUUGGAUUCAUCUUGUGUUUGUUAUGACCAAAUAAGAUCAUCAAUUUUUUAAAAAUGAACGAUCAUAUCAAAGUUAAGGAAGAAAUAUUGGAUGAUGAUGAUUCAAACAAUGAUAAUUUUGAUGAAGAAGAAAUGGAGGAACCGAUAUUGGGUCCUGCAGCUCUUGGUUUACAAAGGGUAGGGACAGUGAACCCACCAAAAGCAGUUGUUACUACACCUAAACAAGUUUUGAAUGCCAGAGGUAUGCCUGCGAGAAUUCGGAAAAAAAAUAAACUAUUUUACGAUGAUGAACUAGUGAAUACCCCUCAUCAUCGUGUGCCUUCUGCUAAAAAACAGAAAACUUCAUCAACACCUAAAAAAAUUAAAACACCGACACCUUCUAAACAAUAUAAGGAAAGUCCAAAAUACACGCCCAAAAAAAUCAAAGAAAAGUUUGUGAGCAGUGCUCCAUUGCCAACAUUGCAGAGUCCCGAUAGAAAAAUUGGGCAGAAAAUUGGUCUUCGAUUACGAAAUCUGCUUAAGCUUCCUAAAGCGCACAAAUGGGUUUGUUACGAAUGGUUUUAUAGUGAUAUUGAUAAUUGUUUGUUUUCUGGCGAAAAUGACUUCAGUAUAUGCCUCAAAGAAUCCUUUCCAGAAUUACAAACUAGGUUUCUAACCAGGGUAGAGUGGACUAAAAUACGAAGAAUGAUGGGUAAGCCACGUAGAUGUUCUCAAGCAUUCUUUAAUGAGGAAAGGCUAGAAUUAGAAAAGAAGCGUAAAAAAAUUAGAGCACUUCAACAACGAAAAGCAACUGAUUUGGCUAGUUUCAAAGACUUGCCUUCAGAGAUUCCCAUGCAGCUGGUUAUAGGUACUAAAGUUACUGCUAGAUUGAGAAAACCACAAGAUGGGCUUUUUACAGGAAGCAUAGAUGCUGUAGAUACUUCCAAUAAUACCUAUAGAAUAACUUUUGAAAGACAAGGUUUAGGUACAUAUUCUGUGCCAGAUUAUGAGGUUUUAUCUAAUGAACCCCCUGAAACGUUAUCCUUGUCCAGCUUUCAUAACAAAUUCAGACCAAGGAAUGGCUUUUCAUCACCGUUUUCAUCAAUAACUAAAACACCAACUUAUAUGAACUUGAAAAAUAGAAAAGAUCCCUUAUUGUCUGGAGCAAUGUUGGACAAACCCAUCAUGUCUCAAAAUGAUACAAAAAUUGGUGGUUUUCCUGUAAAAUUACUGGAAAAAAUGGUCUUGGUUACAAAAAUUCUCAAAACGAAAAAAUCAAAGGUCAGUGCUCUGAAUGUAUUGAAUUCGAAGGCCGAAAAACAAAAAUCAUAUGAUCAAGAAAUCUCUGAAGAUUUCCAAAAAGAGUAUGCUAGUGUUUUAACUGAUCUCGAAAAAUUAAAUCAUGAUCUUCAAAUAUAUUUGGAUGAAAUUCAGAGCUAUUGUCAUGAAAUUGCUCCUGAACCAAGUGUGGCGGCAAUGUUGGUACCUAGUCAUUUACGUGAGAAAUGUAGGGAAGAUGCUAUGGAAUUAGUACAAAGACAUAACAGUUCUUCAGAUAAAGCAAUGGCAAAUGAGCAAAUUUACGAUCUAAUCACAGAUUUAACAGCUCUAAUGUUACAGGUGAAAAGCUUAGCCGAUUCCGACCAAAAUGCCUACGAACUUCAAGUUUUACAGGGAACGAUGGAACAGAUUAAACGGAAAUUGAGUCGGAAAAGUCAGGAAGUGUUCGAAAAUCAUGUUGAGAUUUAUAUGAAACAUAUUCAGAUGGGUUUGGGCCAGGUCAAAUUGAAAUCUGAAAUGUCUAGUCCAACUCCUCUACGGACUUAUUGAAAUUAGGUAAACUAAAUUAUGCAACUGUUUUAACCUGUACUCUUUCGUUAACUAACUUUUGCUAUAUAAAAUUGGAUGAUGACAAUAAGAAUCUAACAAAAUUCAGAAUUAACUCAGUGUCGCUUACAAAAGUUUUAUUUGAAUUGAAUAGCUCUAUUUCGUGUCUUUCAAAUCAUAAACUCCAUAAUUUUUGUUUUAAUUCUUCCACAUCACCAAGAAACAUUGGUUAAUUUUAAUUAAGGACAGGAAAUGUAGAUGUCGAAACUUAACUCUUGAAUCUUUUUUCUUUAUUGUAUUCAUCAGAUGUAAUUCUUAAUGGAAGAGUCUUUUUAUUUCAAAAAUGUAUUUAUUUAAUCUACAUUUGGUCAUCCUUAAGAAUUGUGAUAUUCCGAAGGGCUCAUUGAGUAAUUAAUUUGCUGGAUAAUAAUUUGUUUGAUAAACUGAAAGAAUAAACUUUUAUUCUGUGCAAUAACAUAUGCAAAUUUUUACAAGAUGGUAAUAAUACAAACGUAAUGUAGUAUUCUUUUAUGGUAAAAAUUUGGACUGAAUUUAGCAUUGUACAAUUUUUUUUUAACUAUUUCAAAGAUGUUUUAAGUCGUUUUUUGUAGACAUUGUACAUAAUUACAUAUUUAUAAUAAAUUGUUGGAAAAAUGUAAAUAUCAUAUUAUAUUAUAUGUAUAUAAAUGGAUAUGAUUACAUUUUAAUUUUUUUCAACCUAGAUAUAGAAAACGUGAAGUAUAUGUUCAUUCAGAAAAUCUUACUCUGUACAUUAUUUAUGUAUAUUGAUUGAUUAUGUGUGUAAGCAAAUUGAAUUUUUUAUCAACAAUUCUUUGAGAAAAUAAAUUUAUCAAUGAACAA